UUUCUCUGGGAGGAGGGGCUGGAGCCCUGGCCCAUGUUAGGACAAUGAUGUCCAGGCUGCUGCUUUUGCUUCUCAACUUCUUCCCUUCAAUUCAAGGAACAGAAAACAAGAUUUUGGUGAAGCAGUCACCCUUGCUUGUGGUGUACGACAAUGAGGUCAACCUUAGCUGCAAGUAUACCUACAACCUCUUCUCAAAGGAGUUCCGGGCAUCCCUUUAUAAGGGACUGGAUAACGCCGUGGAAGUCUGUGUUGUGAAUGGGAAUUUCUCCCAUCAGCUUCAGUUUCACUCCAAUACAGGGUUCAACUGUGAUGGGAAUUUGGGCAAUGACACAGUGACUUUCUACCUCCGGAAUUUGUAUGUUAACCAGACAGAUAUUUACUUCUGCAAAAUUGAGGUCAUGUAUCCUCCUCCUUAUCUAGACAACGAGAAGAGCAAUGGGACCAUAAUCCAUGUGAAAGAGAAACAUCACUGUCCUCCUCACCUGUCUCCUGAGUCUAAGCCCUUUUGGGCAUUGGUGGUGGUUGGUGGAGUUCUGGCUUUCUACGGUUCACUAGUAACAGUGGCCCUUUCUAUUUUCUGGAUGAAGAGUAAAACAACCAGGCUUCUUCAGAGUGACUACAUGAACAUGACGCCCCGAAGGCCCGGGCCCACUCGCAGGCACUAUCAACCUUAUGCCCCAGCGAGAGACUUUGCAGCCUACCGCCCCUGACAGGGACACCUAUCCAGAAGCCAGUUGGCUGGCACCCUUCCACCUGCUCAACACCAUUGCUCUGGAUAGGAAAAGAUCACCUAACCUUCAGCCGGCCACCUUGAGCCCCUGUUGGGUCACGAAUGCCAAUCUUCUUGAGUAUCUGGACCAAAUAUCAAGAUCAUCUUUAGACUCUGAAGUGAAGUUAAAGAAAUUUCCUGUGGCAGGCCAAGUCUUGCAGUGCCAUGACCAAAUUCAAACUUAUGUAUUUAUUGACUCGAUUGAGAAGUUAGAAUAGAAAACAAAAAGUGAAUGGAUUCUGUUAGCUUUGAAGUCUGCUUUCGGGAUGCUGGCUGAGUCCUGAUGCUUCCUCACCUAUACUCAGUCAAGCAGAGUGUGAUAUUCAUGGACAUUUUGGAUGGAGAAGGAAGGCUAAAAAGUCAUUCCCUUUGGUUAAAUGGAUGUUUGGGGUGGGGAUAGAUUACAAUGAGGGAGAUGGUAGGGAUACUUAAAUAUUUUAAAACUAUGAAAACACUGUUUCCCAUUCAUGAAAUGAGCCAUUUAGUUCCUAUUUAAUGCAGUUUUCUUGUUAUUUUAGAAAGGUGUAGACAUUGUCUUUGAUGAAUUCUGGCCACAUUUAAUCAGUUUGACCAAUGGACUCACUUCCUGCCCUGAGAGUGUUAAUGUUCACAGUAUGAUUUCAAAAAAAUUAAAUAGUCCUUCCACACAAAGCAGAAUGUGUCAGGAAAAAAGAUGACUUUAUUUGACAUACUAUGACGAUUAUUUGUUUAGCAGUUCACUCUAGUCAAAGCAUAUAUUUCAAUGUCGUCUAUGAGGUGAUCUGAAGUGGGAUGCCAGAUGAACAUGAUGAUACUACGAAAAAGGGAUGUUAGAAUUCUUCAGAGUACAAGGAAUAAAUUCCAAGAAACUUCUCCUGAGGAAGGCACUAAGAUCAUUUUUGCUAUGUGGUAAGAAGGUGGCCAGCAUUGAGUGGAAAUUUUACAGAAGGCAUCAGGAAUAAGGAGCUCUGGAGAUAACUCCUUUAGAGGGACUGUGUUUGCUGUGGGGCUCAAAGUUCCAGAACUCUGUGCAUUCAGCUGCCCAUGUGCCCUGGAAAUCCAUUGGCAUGGAAAAGUCUUUUGGAGUGUGUCUUCUGAAACAAUACCAAAGUUCUCAAGAGACUGCAAAGGCCUGACCCUGAAAUGACCACGAGUAUUUUGCUAUUUCCAAUUUGGUUAACUGGAGUAUGCCUGGGGAACUUGAAGGGUAGCUCUACUACCACCUCUACCAUUUGUUCAAUUCUUUGUUCAAUUCGUGUGUUAGAGGAGACUAGGUUUGAAAGGCAAAGAGACCUGAUUCAAAUAGCUCAAUGGCCUCAGACAAGUCACUGCUCAUCUAAGAUUAUGGUUUUUGGCUGUAAAAUGAACAUAAUGGUCACAAAUGUCUAUUCCUAUAUAAUAAUCGCCAUUGGGGCAUGGCCGCUGUCAUGACAGUCAUGGCAUGCUGUCAAGGCAACAUUCCACUGUCUUUGUGUUUACUGGUACUUAAUAGCAUGCCUGACAUACAAUGCUAGCUUUUAUUAU